GCUAGACUCCUGGGGCUGCUCUGUCUGUUGUGGCAUUCACAUCCCAGCACCCAUGUGGUAACAUCCAGCCGCGCUCCGCCUCCCUACUCACUGGCCACUGGAGAGAGACAGAGAGAGAGACAGAGAGAGAGAGAGAGAGAGAGAGAGAGAGAGAGAGGGAGGGCAGACUGUGAAGAAGCAGUGAGGUAACUCAGAGAGCACAUGAGUGACUGAAGGAGACAAGUGAGACACAAGUGGAAGAGAGGGAUAGAAAGCACCGGAGAAGAAGAGGAAAAAGAAGGAGAAGAAGAAGUAGAAGAAGAAGAAGUAGGAGAAGACAGCAGGAGGCUUAACAGAAAGAAGAAGUUACGUUCUAAAAAGUUCCCCAAGAUGGCAGCCGUGGAAUCGAUGGGGCUCUCCAGCCUGGGCCAGUCGGAGCCCCAGACUCUCACCGAGAUCUCUGACGACGAGAUCAACCUCCAGGCAUCGGAGGACGAGGAAGAAGAGGCCGCCGGGGUUGCCGAGAAGGAAUCCGCCGAGGAGGAGUUCGUGGCGGAGGCGGCGGCGGCGGCGUCCGGUGAUGACGCGCUGAAGCUGGACAUGCCGGUGAACGGCGUGAUGGUGCUGUCCCUGCUGGACAAGAUCAUCGGCGCCGUGGACCAGAUCCAGAAGACCCAGACCGGCCUGGAGGCCCGGCAACAGGACAUGGAGCGCUCCGUCAACGGCAUCCAGGGGGAGCUGGCAAAGCUGGCCAAGAGCCACGGCAACACGUCCAACAGCGUGAACAAGAUGAUGGAGAAGGUGCAGAAGGUCAGCGUCAACGUGAAGACGGUGCGCGCCAACCUGGAGAAGCAAGGGGGGCAGAUCCGCAAGCUGGAGACCAACGAGGCCGAGCUGCUCAAGAGACGCAACUUCAAAGUCAUGGUGUACCAGGAUGACGUCAAGGUCCAGUCCCGUCUCUCCGUCUCCAAGUCUUUGAAAGUCCCCGGGUCGAUGUCGGGCAGCCGGGGGGGCAGCUUGCUGGAGCUGAAGGAGGAGGAGCAGGGCGAGGGCGGCGAGGGCGAGAAGGUGGACAAGCCCCACGUCGAGCUGUCCUCGGACGAGGAGGACCUGGUCCUGGACGGCACCAUCGAGGAAACCCGCACGGAGCGCAUCAAGCGCAGCAGCCUCCAGCGUGUCCAGAACCUCAAGACGGUGUUCUCCAAGGAGAAGAUCGACAAGACCCGGGCGAAAACCAUCGAGAACCUGGGGAAGACCAGGGACAAGACCCGGGCGAAUCUGGAGAAGACCAAGCAGAAGACCAAGCUGAACAUGGAAAAGACCCGGGAAAACCUGGAGAAGACCAGGCAGAAGACCCGGGAGAACCUGGAGAAGACGCGCCACAACAUCGAGAAGAAGGUGGGCAAGUUGGGCACCCGCAUGACCGUCAACGCCGAGCAGAAGCAGAAGAUGCAGACGUCCCGGGACAAGGUGAAGAAGUCCUUCACCCCCGACCAUGUGGUCUACGCCCGGGACAAAACGGCUGUGUACAAGGUGCCCCCCUUCACCUUCCACGUGAAGAAGGUCCGCGAGGGGGCCGUCGAGGUGGUCCAGGGAACCGAGAUGGUGGAGGUCUCCCAGGAGGCGGAGGCUUUCCAGGAGGUGGACGCCGAGGUGGAAGAGGGUGGAGUAGAGCUGGAGAUGGAGAUGAUGAACGGCGGUGAGGAGGCGGAGGAAGAUGAGGAUCUGGAUGAAGACGAAGAGGAGGUCACACAGGACAACAAGGAUCUAGACAGUGACUAGAAAAACAUGGAGAAUGCUGCUACGGAAUGGAGGAAGUUUGGUUGGGAGAGGAAAAGGGGGGAGCCAAGACCAAAAUAACGUUCUUCACACCAGCCUGAAGUAAUAUAAAAGAAAGAAAUAUUUCCCUUGAGGCCAUGUGUUCAUUAAGGUGUUCCACGAUGGCUAAUUACGUAGUAGGUGGUUUAACAAUAUCGUAAAGUUCAAACAACCGGCCCUUUGAAAUGUACCAGAACAAACUCAGGGUUUUGUCAUUUGAAGGCAGAAAAAACAGGUUUAGACUUGUGUCCUGUAUCCGGUAUCAUUUCUUGAGAUGCAGGAAACAGGCGGGCAAGGGGAAUGAAUUGGCAUCAGAAAAAGUUAGCCCCAUCCCUCCGCGAAAUAGGUCAAAACACGGAAUAAACAAAGCAAAAAAUGGUGAAUAGAAUUGUUGUAGACUUCUUUCAUCUUUUUUAUUUUCGUAUUUAGAGCUCACAUGGAAUAUAACCAGCAACUGCACUGGGGUUGCAGCUUGCCCGGUCAUCGCAUUAUGAUAAUUUUCAAUAUGCUAAUUAUUCAUGCUCAUGUCUAUUCAUUUGCAUAUACUUUGAAGAUGUUACAUAUCACUCACACACAAAUAUUGUUUAAACUCCCUAUUAUUCAAGUUCAAUGAUCACCAAUAGAUUACUGCGACUAGCUUGCUCAGAAUUCUGCUUAGCUUUGUUUAUUUCUGUUUAAUCUAUUACGAUUCGUAAGAGUCCAUUAGCGUUCAGCGUAGUUUGUUGUACAUCUAUGUUUUUGCUUGUGAUCGUUUUGUAUAAUUCCUAUGUCAUCUUUCCAUCGUUGCGAGACUGUGUUCUGUAAUCCUUGAAAUAGGCCUACAUCAAAGUAUUGUUUUUAUCAAAACAAUCCUGUAAACAUUUCCUCGUUGUGUUUUCAAGAAAUAACAAGUAACAAGAUCUUACAAAUGGGCCUGCUAUAGUUUAUUCAAAGGAAGGUCUGAGGCGCUGUGUUGUGAAAACAGCAAUGGACUGUCACACAAUUGUGUUCUACAUGUUAUUGUUUUCUCCUGGCAUCAUGUGAUGUUCAGACCGUAUAAGGCUUUUACUGUAAGAACUGUUAGUACUCGUUAGUAAGUUGAUUGGUUUUCCUAAAUGAUUAUUUUUUAACAGAUUAUUGUGAACUUUUCAUUAGACUACCAUUUAAACAUGGUUGCCUGGGCCUACUCAAUGAGAUAAGGAGCUAUGAAGUGACAUUCUUACGUCAAACUGUAUCUGACAACAGUGUCCAGUAGUGCUAUACUGACACCUAGCGGCAGCAUCCAUUUGUGCUAUACUGACACCUAGCGACAGUUUAUUGCACACACUCCACCCUUUGUCGAGGCUAUUUCAAUGUAUUAAACAAAAACCCGUUUGUUCUUCAAACUUUUUCAUUUUUUUUUUAUAUAAUGUGAAUCACAUCAUGCUCUGUUAAAGAAAUUACAAUGUUUGCUUGUGUGCUGUUUUUCAAAAUCCGACCAUCGAAAUGCUUAAAGGUGACAUAUUAUACCAACAGGCGUGAGUGUGAUUAGCCUUUACAAGCCGUUUUGAAUAGCUUCCUCUUCUGACAUCACAAGUGGGCGUGUCCUAGAUGUAUGACGGAUAGAUGAGCAACUUUGCUGCAGUACACUGGGUAGGCUGGUAGACUGAUCUAUCCAGCACACAUCUAGGUGGACACGCCCACUUGUGAUGUCAGAGCAGGCAGCUUUUCAAAACGCUUGUAAUGGCUAAUCACACUCAUACCUGGUGGUAUAACAUGUCACCUAUAAAUAAUUGCGUUCACACAUCACAGUAUAGUCAUUUAUUAUUAAUCUGCAGAUGCAUAUAAACUAGGCCUAUUAGUUUGAACGUUUCAUUGUUAAGCCUAAAUCUAUGUCGAUCAAAAAAAUUAUCGUGUGCCCGGUUUCUGUUUGCUUCCUACACAAUGUUAACUGAUUUAUGUCAAUGUUUCGCCUAACCACUAAUGUUUAAUAAAAGCUUCUGGAUGACAAA